CUUGUUGUCACGUGACUCUCCAGUCACCAGCCAACAUGGCGGACGCCGAGGCUGUGAAAGCGCUGAGCGGUUUGUUAAACGGAAUCGCGCAACGAGUUUAUUACGGGAACUCGGAGAUGACUGAGGAGCUGCUGAAGGAUGAGCUCUAUCCUGAUGUCCCUCAUGAGGAGUUCCGGGCGCUGUACGACAAGAUGAGGGGUUUGUUAAAGUCUGUGGCCGUAGCAGAUAUGGACCAGACCCAGCUGGAGGCGUUUCUGACCGCACAGACACGUAAGCACGGAGGAGGCGGUACGUCCACCGAGCAGGCGGCAGCUCUGGCACGUUUCUGGAAAGGACACCGAGCCCGGGUGCGAGAGAGCCUGCUGGCACAGAGCCGCUGGGAGCCUGCGCUGAGGGGUUUGAGCUGGAGGGUGGACCUGCAGACCUCUACCAGUAGGGGGCAGACAUCCAACAGCCCCGUAGCUCUGGUAGAGCUCGAGCUCGGGAGAAACGGCCAGGACUUGGAGUUGGUGUGCUUGGAGUUUGAUGAAGUGAGGAUUAACCAGGUUCUAAAGAAGAUGGCAGAAAUUCAAGAAAGCAUCGACAGCAUUGUGCAUCACAGCUAGAGAGAGAAUGUGUGUGUUUAUGAACUUGUUAUGAAUCAUCACUGAUUACGGCGUCAUUAUCUCGUACUAAAUUUGGUCAAAAAAAAACAACAAAAAAUUUAUUUAUGGCCUUUCAUUCUUUACAAGAUUGUUUUAUCUGGUAUGUCGUCAGAUUUUCCCAUCGAAGAACAUUUCGUAACAGGCCGAGUGCUGCACCUUCUCCACAGCGCUUUGCCAGUCUGCGGUGGACACAUUUGUUUCUCUGGGCAGCUUUUUACAUUAACAGUGUCAGUUUACAGCCAUUAAAAUGCUUUUUUUAUUGUUAUUAUUAGAUGUCUAGUCAAAUCUAAAAAAAAAAAAAAAUGGAGGCAGUUGCUGUGAUAUAAAAUAUUUAUUUCACUGCAUGCUGAGAACAAUCAAGCAAAAGGCCAAAAGCUUCCAAAACCAUAAAUGCCAUCAAAUAUUUAAAAGUAACGUUGCCUCAAUGAAUGGACUCAGGCUCCAGUAACACAAAAGUCUUAAGGGGUUCUUAUCAUCCUGGACACGAUUACUACUAUGUUCAAACUGUUUUUAUGAACUUUUAUUAGACAUUAUAGACAUUUACUGAUAAAUGAAUUUACAAAAUAUUGAGAUUGAAAUAAAUCACUUUUAGCAUCAUUUUACAGUGACGUUUGUAUCAGCCGGUGUUUUGUUAGAAGAUGCGACGGAUAGUGUGUAUGAACUGUAAAUAAAGUGUUAAAUAAU